CAUCGUUAAUCGCUCUCGUCAUUACCAUGGACCAAUCUAACCAGCGUUACGAAUGAGAACCCAACCUGUGCUAGACUAGCGCCUUCGUCAUCUUACUCAUCUAUCACACGCUCUUAUCCAUUCUCGUCUAUCUCAUCCGACUUGUUGGGGGGACCGCUGAUCUAGCCCCACCCAAUUUCAUUUCCGGUCACACACCAUAACACACGGCGCUUCCCCACGUCAACAUCACCCACGCAAUGCAACGCAGCACGAUUUUUUGUACCAUAUCAUUCCAACUCCCCCACCGCUAGCCAGUCAGUCACAAUGCUUGCCCAUGCAUAACAGAUUGAGAACUCAUUUCAUCUUGCAAACAUCAAUUUCUUUUUUUCCUAUUCCCACAAGACAAUCAAUUUCUCAUAUUGCUCUUUCCCUCACUCUCACACACACUCUCUUCUCUCUAUCACUGUUUGGUAGUUCCCCUUCCUCUGCUGCUUGCUGCCUCUGGUUUCUUUUUCUCUUUUUCAGUUUUUCUUUACUCUUUUUUUUUGUCCAUUCCGGUAUAUCGCUGUCCUGGUUUCUCAUAUAAUUACAUAUUGGACUCCGUUGUUGAGUUUAGAGCACAUACGUCACACGCGUCAGAAUCGGACUAUCGAAGUGGAUGCCGCACAAGCACCGCGAUUCGGUAUUUG